CUGACCAAUCACUUUAACAGUUUGGCCAACAUAAGAAUUAUUUCUUUCUCCCUGACAGGAAAUUGGAAAAAUGCAUCUUUGAUUUUUCACCUCAUUUUCGUGAAAUAUAAUUAAAACUGUUUGGGUUUAACAGUAUUUAUACGUGUUAAAUUAUUACACAUUAAGUAAUAAAUUUAAAUUCAUAUAAAAGUUUUUAAAUUAUUGAGUUAUGUAUGCCGAAGACUGGAAUGAUGAACCGGUAGUUGUUCAACAACCUCUUACAGAAUGGACGGGCAACACUUCAGUAUUCACUAAUUCGCGAAACAGCGGAUCGCACAACGACAGAUUCAGAAAUCAAAGGGGUGGCAGAUCAAAUGAACGAGGCAAUUGGAGAGGAGGUAACAACCAAAACCGAGAUGAUCGACGCAGCGGAGGUGGCGGCGGCGAUAGUUUUGAGGCCAUCACAGUUCCUUCAAGAUUUGUUGGAAAAAUCAUAGGAAAAGGAGGAAGUAAAAUCAAUGAACUUCAAAGCCAGUCAGGGGCUCGAAUUCAAGUGACAAAAGACACUGAGGAUGACAACACUCUUGUGAAAAUUUUUGGCAGUAAGGACACAAUUCAGAAAGCCAAAGAUUUGAUUAAUGAAACUAUCGAAGAGAUCUCUGUUCCGAGAAGAUCAGAGUAUCGGCCUCCAGAAAGCACUUUUGCUGGACCCGAAUCUUCCAGUUAUUCUGCACAAGCGCCCUCUGAACCAGCAGCACCGGCGCCACUUGUUAAUUGGUUUGAGAAUUUGGCAGACUGCAAAGCUCAAGAAGACGAGUAUUGGAGCAAGUUUCCAGCGAUUAUUAAGAAUUUCUAUCAGGAACAUCCCAAUGUGACAGCAUUGACUGAUGCACAAGUUGAAGCUAUACGGGAGAGCAAUAAUAAUAUUGUUGUUGACAGAGUGUUUGGAAAUGAAGAAAGCAAGCCAAUUCCCAAACCAGUCAGCACCUUUGAACAAGCAUUUUUCAAUUAUCCGGAAAUUUUGGAUGAAAUUACCAAGGCUGGAUUUGAAAAACCGUCACCUAUACAGUGUCAAGCUUGGCCAGUGUUACUGUCUGGCGAGGAUCUGAUUGGUAUUGCACAGACCGGAUCAGGAAAAACUUUGGCUUUUCUUUUACCAGCUUUUAUCCAUAUUGACGGUCAGACCACGCCAAAGGAAGAAAGAAAGGGUCCGGCAGUGCUUAUUGUGGCGCCUACAAGAGAACUGGCACUGCAAAUCGACAAAGAAAUUAAAAAGUACCACUAUAGAGGUAUUUCAUCGUGUUGUGUUUAUGGAGGUGGGGAUCGUAAGCUACAAAUCAGUGCACUAAGAAAGGGUGUCGAUAUAGUGAUUGCCACUCCAGGAAGAAUGAAUGAUCUACAUACGUCAGGUGAUUUAUAUGUUGAAAAUAUAACAUAUGUGGUUCUGGAUGAGGCCGACAGGAUGUUGGACAUGGGUUUCGAAGCGCAAAUUAGACGGGUUAUGUAUUCAAUCAGGCCAAACAGGCAGAGUAUCAUGACCAGCGCUACAUGGCCACCAGGUGUUAGAAGGCUGGCAACUAGUUACAUGAACGACCCCAUCCAAGUCUAUGUAGGUUCGUUAGAUCUGGCCGCAACACACAGUGUUACUCAAGUGAUUCAAAUUUUAGACGAACGUGAAAAACAACAAGCGUUCUUCGAAUUUAUUGAUAAUUUGGGUCCAGACGACAAAGUAAUCGUUUUCUGUGGCACCAAAGCAGGCACUGACAAUCUCGCGGUAGAAUGCGCUAUGAGAGGCGUUUCUUGUACCUCUAUACACAGCAACAGAGACCAAGUCGAUAGGGAACAGGCUAUAGCCGAUAUCACUGAUGGAACAGCUAAAAUCCUGAUUGCCACCGAUGUAGCUUCCAGGGGACUGGACAUAGAGGACGUUACGCAUGUUCUGAACUACGAUUUUCCGAAAAAUAUCGAAGAAUACGUGCACAGAGUGGGCAGGACAGGCAGGGCGGGAAAAACUGGAGAGUCUAUCAGUUAUUUGACCAGAAAAGAUUGGGCCAACGCUGCGGAACUUAUAAAAAUCUUAGAAGAAGCUGAACAGUAUGUCCCUGAAGAACUCCACGGUAUGGUCGAAAGGUACGAAGCAAUGAAAGAGAAAAGGAGUCAGCAACCAGGCGGAGGCCGCGGCGGUGGCGGUGGUGGAAGAUUCAACAACCGAAAUCGUUGGUAGGAAAAAAGUUAUUCGCAUUUAGCCACAGAAUACCUAUUAUUCCUCAUAUUCUGUGAUCUAUAGGUAUCGAUUCUCCCCUUUGUUUUUGUUUACAAUUCUUAGCAAGAAUAAUAUAUAUUUUAGUUUAUGUAUACAUUUAUAUUAGCAUGAAUUGUAUAUGUUAUAAUUUCAUGGUGUAAUUUAUUUUUUAUAAUAAAUAAUUCACUAAUU